UCAACGCAUGCGCUUUGUUCUUCAAACUUGUGUCAGCUUUUCUUUAGUCUUCUGAGCAAGCGAGCAGACCGUUGAAGGGUGUAGGUUGUGUCUUAUCUUUAGCUUAAGCAACUAAAUAAUGUUUUCCUGUUCCAAAAACGCUUUACCAGUUUUAAGAAAUGUGGCUCGUGUAGCAUUAAAACCACAAAGUAGUAUACUUGCAAGGACUCCAAUGCUUCCACAGGCUUUAGUUCCUCUGACUCAAUCCAUUCAUACUACAUCUGCUGUCCGUGAUAUAGAACAAGCUGCUAAAUUUAUUGGAGCUGGUGCUGCAACCGUAGGAUGUGCAGGAUCUGGAGCUGGUAUCGGAACAGUAUUUGGAAGCUUGAUUAUCGGUUAUGCACGAAAUCCAUCUUUAAAACCUCAACUGUUUUCUUAUGCUAUUUUGGGAUUUGCUUUAUCUGAAGCUAUGGGACUUUUCUCCCUUAUGAUGUCAUUUUUAAUACUUUUUGGGCUGUAGGCACCAAAAAACCCUAAAAUCUAAAAAAAUUGUAGUCAAGUGACAGUAGAAGUGUUUUAAAAGUA